AGCAAAUAUUAUACGCUCAUCAUCAGAUUUGGGUUCUAGGGUUUGUUCGCGAACACACAAACCCCAAAAUAACUCAACAAAUCGCCCGUUCUUCGAUCUAUUUCUCCGCUACCAACUAUCAUCAUCACAUCAAAAAGGUCAAGUAUAAACACAAGAAGCAGCGAAUCUUGGAUAUUCUUGACGGGGGUAUCUGCGUGGUUUAGGUGAUGGAGAUACCUAUUAAGCCGAUUGAUCAGCUUUUGGAGAGGGUUCUCUGCAUGAAUAUCCUUUCAUCGGAUUACUUUAAAGAGCUCUAUCGUUUCAAAACUUAUCAUGAGGUGAUUGAUGAGAUAUAUAAUCAAGUGGAUCAUGUGGAGCCGUGGAUGACUGGGAAUUGUCGUGGGCCUUCGACUGCUUUUUGUCUUUUAUACAAGUUCUUCACCAUGAAACUUACGGUGAAGCAAAUGCAUGGCCUAUUGAAGCACCCGGAUUCUCCGUACAUUAGAGCGGUUGGAUUUCUAUACUUAAGAUAUGCUGCAGAACCCAAAACUUUGUGGGGCUGGUUCGAACCAUAUGUCAAGGAUGAUGAGAGUUCGGGCAAUAAAGGAAGGCUCACAAGUCCUCUGCAGCUUCCAUAGGAGUUUUCGCCUGGAUCUAAUGGCAGGAUGACAACAAUGGGUGUAUAUGUGCGGGAUUUACUUCUUGGCCAGUACUACUUCGAUACGCUCUUUCCUCGCAUUCCUGUCCCUGUAAUGCGGUCAAUUACCGCAAACCUUGAAAAAUUGAAACUCCCCACUAAACACUGUGGAGUAACAGGGGAAUCCACCCGUGGGUCCGAUGACAUGGCUCGUCGACCGCCAUCUGUCAAAGCAGCGCUUUCAGUUUCUUUUGGUCAGCGGGCCCCUCAUCGUGCAUCCACACGGGAUUCCUCUCCUGUUCGCCGUACCCUCCCACCACUACCUUCAUAUGACCGGAAAGACGGCGAUGAUUCCCGGCGAUCCCCUUCCCGUCACCGUAGCCAAAGUCGUGAUUUGUCUGAUCGGGAUUACGACCGAGACAGGGGGCGGGACCGGGAUCACGAUCGUGACCGGGACCAUGGAAGGGACAGAGAUAGGGAUAGGGAUAGAGACAGGUAUAGAGACAGGAGGCAUGAUUAUGAUCGAAGAUACAGGGAAACAAGUCGCAGAGACUACCACAGGGAAUCGAGUUCUCGAAGAAGCCGAAGCAGGAGCCGGAGUAGAAGCAGGAGCAGGAGCAGGAGUCGAAGCCAAAGUGUGCGUGUGGAUUAUAAACCGAGUCCGAACAGAGAAGAAUUAAAAGAUAGGACAUCUGUUUCCAGCAACUUAGCGAAGCUUAAGGACAUGUAUGGUGACUUGACCACUGAAAAGGAUAGCGGUCCAAGCGGUGGCAGGGUUAACAAUGGUGCCGAAGAGGUCAUUCGGCUCGGUGGUUCUUCUUGGAGGUAACCAUGUCUCCAUCUACCAGUGAAUCCAUCUAUGGUAUGGUAUGGUAUGGUAACAAGAGAGUGGCAUGUAUGAUUUACUAUUGAGAUUAAUAUGUGUUGCUUUCUUUGGGGUUGAAUUGUUGAAUGUAUGCUGAUGUAACACUGACUAGCUUAUCAAACUUUUACUCAUACAACUUUCAAGCUUUAUUUAUUAGGGCUUAAACUUGGUUUAACA